AUGCCGCCAAAAGAUGAUCCUGAGGUUGCGGCCCUAAAGAAAGAGAUCAAUGAUAUGAUUGCAAAGUUCAAGGACGAACAAAAAAAAGUAGCAGAUUGUGCACUGUUCGACAAAUGCGGCGACUUGGGCGAUGCUCCAAAGGUGCGCAUAUCUACGAAAAAGUUCCUAAAGGGUCACAUUAACAAGGUGAACUCAGUGCACUAUGCUGGAGACUCACGCCACUGUGUCACGGGCUCUCUCGACGGUAAGCUCAUCAUCUGGGACACGUGGACCGGCAACAAGGUGCAGGUCAUUCCAUUGCGUUCAGCAUGGGUCAUGAGCGUGGCGUACGCUGAUUCGGGUAAUUUCGUGGCCUGUGGCGGUAUGGACAACAUGUGCACCGUUUACGAUUUGAACAACCGGGAUGCGCAAGGAAAUGCCAAGAUCGUGCGAGAGCUGAUGGGCUACGAGGGGUUCCUGAGCUCCUGCCGUUUUCUGGAUGACUCCCACAUUCUGACAGGAUCUGGUGAUAUGAAAAUCUGUAUCUGGGAUCUGCAGGUGGGCAAGAAAACGUCCGAGUUUGAUGCCCAUGCUGGUGAUGUUGUAUCGAUCUCGAUGAGUCCGGAUAAGAACACUUACGUCACUGGUUCCGUCGACCGUACAUGCAAGCUGUGGGACGUGAGGGAAAACACGCCGAAGCAGACUUUCUUCGGGCAUGAAGCCGAUGUGAAUAGCGUUUGCUAUCAUCCUAGCGGUUUCGGAUUUGCUACUGGGUCAGAGGACAAAACUGCUCGUUUGUUCGAUUUCAGAUCGGAUCAACAGAUUGGACACUAUGAACCACCAAACAAGGGCAGUGGAUUCACAUCAUGUGCAUUGUCGCUGAGUGGACGGUAUAUACUUUGCGGAUCCGACGAUAAUAACAUCCACAUUUGGGAUACCAUGAAGGGACAACACAAUGGUACGCUGAGCGGCCAUGAAAAUCGUAUAACUUCAAUCAGCAUGGCCCCAAACGGUAUGGCACUAGCGUCGUGCAGUUGGGAUCAACAUGUGCGCAUUUGGGUCUAGAGGGAAGCGUUAAGCGAACCGAACAGUGCAUCCUUCUCGAAGCUAUCCUUUUACGGCACGUAACUCAUCGUGGAAAUGAUACUUUUCGCAUAUUCGUUGAUCUCCCGAAAUCCAACCAACUUGAUCCCCAUUACACUGCUU